AUGCCCGACUCUGAGUCAUGCUAUGGCAGAGCCAAUGCACACAACGCUGCUCCUAGUGCGCCUGCAUAUCAGGCUUUUCGAUUGAGUAGAUCUCGGUUUGUUCUCAUUCUGAGCAUUCUCCUUCUAGCAAACCUAGUUGGGGCAUUUGAUGGAACUAUCGUGGCGACUCUCACGCGUGUAAUCAUGGACGACCUGGGAGCUUCCUCUGUCAUCGCGUGGCUAGGUGCCAGUUAUCUUAUCGCAACUGCCUUGGUCCAGCCUCUAUGUGGCCAGUUCUCUGAUAUAUAUACACGAAGGACCUGCUUAUUGAUUGGAUGUAUAACUCUUUUAUUGGGGAAUAUUAUCUGUGGCACUGCAAAAUCAUUUGCAGUGCUCGUGGCUGGCCGAUUUCUAUCUGGGGUCGGAGGGGGCGCCUGCACUAUUAUGCCUACUAUCAUUUUAACAGAUAUAACCCCAAAAGAGAGGAGGGGACUCUGGCAAGGCAUCAACAACAUCACAUUUGCAUCUGGGUAUUCACUUGGGGGCAUAUUUGGUGGGCUUACGGCCUAUUACUGGUCCUGGAGAGGAUCGUUUCUGACUCUUAUCGCCCCUGCCUUUCUUCUCAUGGUCGGAGCGGUACUCAUACCAGAGCCGAAUGAUGUCCAGGGCGGGCGAAGAAGUCCCGAUAAUGAGAGUUUUCUAAGCACCAAUAGCGAGGACUGCCCCCUUCUUCCAAGGACAAGUUUGGGCCAGGGGAGCUUGGACAUAGUAGGAGCAACACUACUAUGCAUAGGGUUGGGAUUGUUAUUGGCAUCCGCUCAGCAACUUGACUUUGGUAACUCAAAUCUGAAUUUCAUGGUAAAUGCAUUUGGGUUUACUAUAUCCUGCAUCAGCCUUUCAGGUUUUAUUUAUCACAGUAUUUUUGUGGCUGACAGACCCUUACUACCACUCAAGCUCCUUACUAAUCCCCCUAGCAUUGGUUAUAUCUGUUUGAUGAACUUUCUAUCACUAUUCAGUUAUUUUAUUGGCGAAUUUUACUUACCAAUACUCAUGUCUCUUCAGGAGGAUGUCUCUUUGGAAGUUGUGGGCUGGUGCUUGAGCCCUCUGACUAUAGGCGCUGCGGUAGGAUCCCUACUUACAGGAGCGCUCCUAUCCCGACACAAAAGCUCGCAUUUAUUACUGGCUUCAUCGGUAGUUAUGUGCAUGGGACCUUUUGGAAUAUCUCUUUCUACUGAUUCAGGUUUCGUCAGGAUUCAUCAGCUUGUGUUCACAUUCAUAUGGGGGUUUGGAUUCGGUGGCGUCACAACUAUAAGCCUGGUCAAGCUGUUAGGAGCUAUUCCGACAGAUAUACAAGCGCCGACAACCUCGCUUAUGUACACUUCCAGAUGUCUUGGAGGAGCUUUUAGCUUACCGGUAGCUGGGUUUGUGCUCAAUAUGAUCAGAGAACACAGACUCCGAAGUCUUUUAAUACGGUUAACAGCGGCAGAAGAUCCAGACGUUCUACCAACACCUAUUCAAGAGCUUAUACAAAGCCUACUCGCUAAUCAGCCUAUAAAUCCAGAAAUGCCGGACUCGUGGAUCGCACGCAUACAGAAUUGCGAAAUACGCUCGGUGGCUUUCAUAUUUUUGCUCUCGGUGGUUUCGAGUCUGUUUACACUGUUGCUGUCACUCCUUAUUAUAUACGCGGAGGAAUAG